AGCGAAAAGCAAGUAAGGAUAGUGUCAAGUGUCUGUUUGUUGUGUAAUAAAAGAAAACGAACGGUGGUGAUAGGCUUCAAUCUAGAUCUCAAUCGUCUCCACCUUCCUUUCUUCUCCAGCGUCCGAUUCCCUCACCGAUCUCGCGCCAAAUACAAACUAAUUCAUACCAUCACAGGGUUCAGGCGACUAUGGCCGACGGUCCGUCCAGUCCAGGCGGCGGCAGCCACGAGAGCGGCGACCACAGUCCCCGCUCUAACGUGCGCGAGCAGGAUAGGUACCUCCCUAUCGCUAACAUAAGCCGCAUCAUGAAGAAGGCGCUCCCUGCUAACGGGAAAAUCGCCAAAGACGCCAAAGAGACUGUUCAGGAGUGCGUCUCGGAGUUCAUCAGCUUCAUCACCAGCGAGGCCUCUGAUAAGUGUCAGAGAGAGAAAAGAAAGACUAUUAACGGGGACGAUUUGCUCUGGGCAAUGGCCACCCUUGGUUUCGAGGAUUACAUCGAUCCCUUGAAGAUUUACCUCACAAGAUACAGAGAGAUGGAGGGUGACACCAAGGGCUCCGCCAAGGGUGGAGACACCUCUGGUAAGAAAGAUGUUCAACCGGGUCCUAGUGCUCAGCUUACUCAUCAAGGUUCUUUUUCCCAAGGGGUUAGUUACACAAAUUCUCAGGGUCAACAUAUGAUGGUUCCAAUGCAAGGCCCAGAAUAGGUGUCAAGUCUAUUAGCCCUCCUGUUCUAAUGUACUAUCUACGCCGGUUAGCAAGUGCUCACGACAUAUUGAAUAUCUUAAUGUUAUGUGAAUACUGACAGACAUAGGAGAUGUUGGUUCUUGUGUCCAGAUAUAUUUUUUUUUCAAAAUUAAGGUUUGUAUAUUAUCUUUGGAGUUGAAUUAUUAUUAUUUGAAAGUUGUUGUAAAUCCGAGAGCCGUGUUGUCUGAAUACAUCAGGCGGGCUUGGCAAAGACUGAGAUAUUAGGACUGACUGUAAGCAUAAAUGGGAAUAUUCUUUUCCUUAUUUCUAUGUAUAAUAAUGUAUGAAGAGUCGAGCUUCUUCUGUUA